GAUUGCGGCUCGCCGGUGUCAGUCCCCGAGCGAGCGCCGGUGGCGGGGCCGGGAGCCGGUCCGGCAGCCGCAGGUGGGGCUACUGGCAGCGAGGGACCCAGCCCGGAGCCCCCCAGGAUGCCCCGCGGGGACUCGGAGCAGGUGCGCUACUGCGCGCGCUUCUCCUACCUCUGGCUCAAGUUCUCGCUCGUCAUCUACUCCACAGUGUUCUGGCUGAUCGGGGGCCUGGUCCUGUCUGUGGGGAUCUAUGCAGAGGUCGAGAGGCAGAAAUACAAAACCCUGGAAAGUGCCUUUCUGGCCCCGGCCAUCAUCCUCAUCCUCCUGGGGGUCGUCAUGUUCAUCGUGUCCUUCAUCGGCGUCCUGGCUUCCCUCCGCGACAACCUGUGUCUCCUUCAAGCGUUCAUGUACAUCCUUGGGAUUUGCCUCAUAAUUGAGCUCAUUGGUGGCGUGGUGGCCUUGAUCUUCCGGAACCAGACCAUCGACUUCCUGAAUGACAAUAUUCGAAGAGGAAUUGAGAACUACUAUGAUGAUCUGGACUUCAAAAACAUCAUGGAUUUUGUUCAGAAGGAGUUUAAGUGCUGUGGCGGGGAAGACUACCGAGAUUGGAGCAAAAACCAGUACCACGACUGCAGUGCCCCUGGACCCCUGGCCUGUGGGGUGCCCUACACCUGCUGCUUCAGAAACACGACAGAAGUUGUCAACACCAUGUGUGGCUACAAAACUAUCGACAAAGAGCGCCUGAGCGUGCAUAACAUCAUCUAUGUGCGGGGCUGCACCAACGCCGUGCUCAUCUGGUUCACGGACAACUACACCAUCAUGGCGGGCCUCCUGCUGGGCAUCCUGCUCCCCCAGUUCCUGGGAGUACUGCUGACAUUCCUGUACAUCACCCGGGUGGAGGACAUCAUCACGGAGCACUCUGUCACCGACGGGCUCCUGGGGCCCGGCGUCAAGCCCGGCGUGGAGGCGGCAGGCACGGGGUGCUGCAUGUGUUACCCCAUUUAGGGCCGCGGCCUGGGCAUUGGCUCCAGAAGGACUGCGACAGGACAGCUCUGCUGAGGCCGCGUCGGGGGGCGGGCGGGGGGCCAGACAGGCCUGUGGCUCCUUCUCCAUUCUCAGCACUGACCAAAGCCCCGGCUGUGUCUGCUCAGGGCUCCCAGACUGCUGCGUGUCGGGAGGCAGAGCCACUCCCCAGCUGCGGGACUCUGCCUGCCCACCCUGCUGGGCGUGGGGAACCGGGCGCCCCUUCUCCAGGCUCUGGCCGCUGGGAAGGGGGAGCUCAGUGCUGGGCUUCAGGCCCACUUCAUUUCUGGUAGUGCCUUGGCCUUGGGGUUUGGGCCCUUGAAGGCAGUUUUGUACUGACUUGUAACCGGGGAGCGAGGAGAAACACGUGCCCAGUGGUGAAGGAGGGGAGGGGUGCAAUCCCCGGGCCCCUGUCCUUCAGCCUCACCCCUGAGGCCUAGGUGGGCCUGUUUCUCAGCCUCCCAGGUGCCUUGAGCCCUCCCCAGGGCUGCUGCUUUGCUGACCUGUUUUUUUACAUGAUUUUUGUAACAUUCAUUUUGUACACAGUUAAUAGGACUUUCCGACUAAUCAAAGCUGGAUGUUCCCCACCCCCUUACAGUCUUCCCUCUCCAAGCCAGUUCAUUAAUCAGACAAUAAAGAUGUGAUUUUUUUUUUUU